GCUGUGCGGGGGCGGGGGGCUCCGAGACGGGUCGCGGGGGCAGCCCCUCAGGCCAGGCGAGGACCUUAACGCUUCCCUUCCCCGCCCCCUUUUGUGUUUCCCCUCAGACCCGCCGGCCGCUGGGGGAGCCGCGGCCGCCCCCGCGCCCGGGGGUCGUUCCCUCGCAUCCUCCGGGCCGCGGGAGGGCAGAGGCGGCGGCGGCCGGAGCCGGGCCGGGCGGCCUGAGGUGAGAGCCCGGCCGGCCCCGCUGGGAAUAUGGCGACCGGUGGCUACCGGACCGGCGGCAGCGGCGGCAGCACCACCGACUUCCUGGAGGAGUGGAAGGCGAAGCGCGAGAAGAUGCGCGCCAAGCAGAACCCCCCGGGCCCGGCCGCCCCGGGCGGGGGCAGCAGUGACGCGAGCGGGAAGCCCCCGGCGGGGGCUUUGGGCACCCCGGCCGCCGCCGCGGCCAACGAGCUCAACAACAACCUCCCGGGCGGCGCGGCCGCACCUGCCGCCCCCGGCUCCGGGGGCGUGAACUGCGCCGUGGGCCCCGCGGCGCUGCCCCGCUCCGCCCCCGGCCCCCGGCGGCCCGAGGACGAGCCGCCUCCCACCGCCGCGGCCGCGGUCUCCGCCUCGGGGGCACCGCCGGCCCGGGGCGACGACGAGGAGCGGGACGGCGCCCAGGACAAGGGCAAGAGCUCAGGCCCCAGUGCCAGGAAGGGCAAGGGGCAGAUCGAGAAGAGAAAGCUGCGCGAGAAGCGUCGCUCCACCGGCGUGGUCAACAUCCCCGCGGCAGAGUGCUUAGAUGAAUAUGAAGACGAUGAAGCAGGGCAGAAAGAGCGGAAACGAGAAGAUGCAAUUACACAACAGAACACGAUGCAGAAUGAAGCUGCCAGCUUAUUAGAUCCAGGCAGUUCUUAUCUGCUACAAGAGCCAUCUAGAACAGUUUCAGGCAGAUAUAAAAGCACAACUACUGCCUCUGAAGAAGAUGUCUCAAGUAGAUAUCCCCGAACAGAUAGAAGUGGGUUCAGCAGAUAUAAUAGGGAUGCAAAUGCUUCAGGUAAUUUGGUCUCAAGUAGCAUGUUGGAAAAGAAAAUUGAAGAUCUUGAAAAGGAAGUAGUAAGAGAAAGACAAGAAAACUUAAGACUUGUGAGACUAAUGCAAGAUAAAGAGGAAAUGAUUGGAAAACUCAAGGAAGAAAUUGAUUUGUUAAAUAGAGAUCUAGAUGACAUAGAAGAUGAAAAUGAACAACUAAAGCAAGAAAAUAAAACUCUUUUGAAAGUUGUUGGUCAGCUAACAAGGUAGAAGAUUCAAGUCCCAGUGUGGAAAAAAUAUUUUAGAACUACUGAUUGAAUGUUAUGGUUAAUGCUAGGAUAAUAUUCCUAUGCUGCAAUACAUUAAGUAUGUAUAUUUAUUUCUAGAAAACAGUGGAUGUUUAUUUUCAAGAUACUUCUUUUUCAUUAUUUCAUAAGAGUAUCAACCUUCAAUUUCACAAUUCAGUAACAUCUUUCAGUUAUUAAAAUGGCAGGUUAUGCCUCUUUUGGUUUUGUGUGGUAUUCAAAUAAUACAUGGUUUAAAGUCACAACCAUUUGAAAAAUUUUAUCUAUGGUAGUGUGUUUUCUCCCUGAAGGAAUAUACAUGGUCUUUGUUUACAUGAAUUCACAUACUUUUGGGGAGUUACUUGCAAAUGCCUUAUUACUGAUGUGUGCAAACUUUUAUGUGUUGUUGAUUCACUCAUAAACUCUUUUCUACCGUCAUUUGUUCUUUCAACUUAUUUUCAGCGAUUUAGAGAGUGUCACACCGUUUUGUGUAACGGUCAUCUUUAAAAAGGAAAGCUGUUAGGAAAAGUCACUUAAUACCAUGACUAGUUGGCUAAAGAAAAAAUGUUAGAGAAUACUUGAAUUGUGCUGCAGUACAUUAAAAUAUACAGUUUUGUAUCUGAAUGUUGAAAACAAAUUUAAAUCACUUCUGAAAACCAUACAAUUUUACAAUUUCAUUAUAAAAUUUCUUGGGUAGGUCCUACCUUUUUUAUUAUUUCAAGGUUUAUAAGUGAACAUGGGAUAUUAAAAAGUUGUUUAUUCAUCA